ACUUGCUAGCUUGAUAAAUUGUUCGUUUUUUGCUGUUUCUAGAUACCGACGGUAACGUUAAUGUUACCGUUGCCUAGCAGCAGCAAAGAGCAAUAUUCGGAUUGGUUCGCUGUGUCUGUAUGAUGACGUCGACGAGUCGGGUGACCGUUAGGAAUUUGAAUAGCGGCGACGGUUUGAAACACAGUUUUAUGCUAGCUGCUAGCUGCUAACUUACGAACAUGGAUAAAAAACGGUGGAGUAGCAAAGCGAAAGGCUAAAAAAAAGGAAAAGAAUAGCAGAGAGAUUGUACUCGAAAAAGAGGAAGAAAUGACACUUCGGAAAAACAUAACGUACCGACGCGACUUUCUUCAAAAGAGCAAAGAGCCUGGUGAAGAUGAUGCUAACGUUGCUAGCUUAGAGAAGUAACCAUAGCAACACUAUUCGAAGACGGACUUCGACAUAACACCAGCUGGCAGCCACUACUAGUUCAGCUGUAAACACGGGCCAGCAUCCAAGAGGACCUGAGCAUCAGCAUGACUGAGGAGAACCACAGCCCUGCGACAGACACCUGUUCAACUGCUCCAUCUCCACAACGUUACACCGCCGUGGAGGCCCAGCCCGACACUGAAGCGGAUGGCAGAGACCCGGUGGCGGGACAUGACGGGGACUCAGUUUCUACCCUGCAAAGACAACACUCCGCUCAAUGCGAGGGGAGCCCGAAGUUCAUAAAAGGGAUUAUUUGCAUCUGGGUUUGCCUGAGACCUCCGGAUUUUACUUUUGCAUUUGGGAUUUAUCGAUGGAAAGCCGAGAUUUCGCUCCUCCUCCGCACCACCUCCUGACGGAGCGGAGCGCGCUAGUUCACAGCGCCGCGUCUCGGAUGACUCCAGGCGGCCACGGCUCCGUGCAGCACCCGGCUCACUUCCAGCCAGGGAAAUACUACUCGUCCCACCUCUCCAUGGGUCCGCACUCAGGUGCUUCCUUCAUGGGUUCCUUCCUGGCCAGCAGUCUGGGGUCGCCGCCCUCCCACCCUCCUCACCCCUCGGGACCUGCCGCCUCCCCCUCAUCCCCCUCCUACAGGCCUGGACCCCAUUCGAGCGCUUCCCCUAUCUGGUUCCCCCAUUCACAUGAAGGGUACCCCAGCUAUUCAGGAAGUCUUGCUUCUCCCUUUCUCCCCAUGAGUCCCCUGGAUCACCAUAGCAACGGUCUCUACGGACAGCACCGCUUCUAUGAAACUCAGAAAGAUCACUUCUACCUAAGAGGUCUUCCUCCCCAGCCCCCUCUGCUCUCCACCAGUCACAGCCUUCCUCCGUUGUCCAGGGCUGCCCCGGGCCACCCGCUCGGCUCCUGCAGCAGAGAGACGGACACCGGGGGAGGAGGAGGUGGGAAGAGCACCAAGGACGUGGGCGAGAAAGGAGUUUCGUCCGUGUCAAAGGCGAAGGAGCGAUCGAGCAGCAAAGAGCGGCACCAGGAGAGCAAAGAAAAACAGCAUCAUCAUCACCAUCCACAUCAGACGAACCCUGCCGUCGCUCCGUCCGGCCACCACCACCAAGCUUACCCCCACCCUCACCACGCCCUACUUCCUCACCUUGCACCGCAGGGCAGGGAGGAGGACCACAGACACUCUCUGGAGCGACACAAGGAGUACAGAGACGGCGACUCGGGCAGUCAGGAGACAAAACAUAUGAGCGCCUGUAAACUGUCCAGCGGUUCGAUAGCAGAGACUGGCUCUGGAGGAAAGGGGGGAGCGCUGAGCAGCUGCAGUGGCGGUGGGGUUGGUAGACCUCCGUCUGGAGGAGGCAGGCGGUGCUCAAAGGACGGACCCAUAAAUGGGGAGAUGAGGAUCAGUGAAUCCUCAGCUUCUUCCAAUGAAUGUAUGAGAAGAGGUGCAGCUGCAGCAACAGCCAUGUUGGCACCUCCAAACCCCCACUCUGUGGCAUCCUACUCCAUGCCUCCUCCUCCCCCUCCACCACCUCCUCCUCAUGCUUUGCACAUGGGCUCCACAGUGGCAGGAGGGUGGCUACACCAUGCACAUCACCAUCCUCAUCCGGAGUUCUACUGUCCCCCAGCCCCUCUUACACUGACACCCUCCAAAGAUCCAGCGUCCACCCCCGGAGGGUCGGGCAGGGAGGCGAAAGUAAUCGGCCCAACGUACGUGCCCUCAGUUGGGCCACUGGGAGACCUGGCAGCCACUGACUGUCGUGGAGCAGGAGGAGGUGGGAGAAAGUCAGACGACAAGAGCGGAGAAGGAUCUUAUGAAAGUCCCUCUCAUCAUCACCUCAGCCGACUUAGUAGUUGCCAAAAGAAGGACAAAUCCCAGCCACACCAGCAGCAGCUGGGAUACGGCAAAGCCGACAAGCCUCCUGACUGGAGCCACCAGACGCAGCACUUCCAUAAACCCAGCUCCAAUGUGAGCUCUCAGUCUGAGCUGCGUUCCUGCAGCCUGGACAGAUCUUCCUCCUUCAGAGACGUAGAGGUCGUGGACGAUGUUUACCGGCCCUCGCUCCCACUAGAGGCUCAGGGGACACACCCUGGUGCUGGACAGGGCGCACCCAAGAAUGGCGCCGACACCGGCACUCCUCCCUUCAGGGACUGUUCCCACUCGGGUCCUCAUCCUGACGGGAGGGUGGGGUCGGGGGCAACAUCUCAGAGGGAGGGACAAAAGGUUGCGAGGAUACGGCACCAGCAGCACAGCAGCCACGGAGCGAGUACAGAAGAGAGGGGAAGAGACGGAGGCCAGACAGCACCUUCCUGGGGGGCUCGAGGGGGUUACCAAGAGGACCAGAGAAAAGGCUCCCAUCAUGCAUCAGUCGGUAACGGUGAAGUAAGAGGGCUCAGCACCAGAGCUCCAAACGGCGACCACAACCAGCCCCAUUCUCAACCACCUCCACCUCUAUCCCGCUCCUCAUCCCACACCACCGCUGAGGGCGAGGGCAGUGCCAUGAAGAACCUAAUGAACUACAGCUCCCAGCAGCCUCUGCUGCUGCCACAGCGGGGCCCCUUCGGAGGUCUGGGCUGCCUCAAGCAGGGCGGAGAGAGAUCAGAGAAGGGGGACAGAGGGGCAGCCAAAAGCAACACCUCCUUGCAAGACCCUCCCAAACAAGCGCUACCUCCUCGCAGAGGCUCCGCUAACGAGGGAGAGAGGGGGGACCGAGGCGGGAAAGAGGCCGGGGAGGCAGGUGAGGGGGAGGUGCGACAGCCUCCGGUGGGUAUUGCGGUCGCGGUAGCCAGGCCCCCCCAUCGUUCCCCAGACAACACCCCCGGACACAGCAGACAGGGCAGGGUGCUGCCCAGCAUGAAAGGAGUGUCGCGCCCCGUGUAUCCUCUCGGUCGGGAAGCAGAGGAGAGGAAGAGGAUGACAGAGGACCAGAUCAGCCUUCAUCACCUGGACAGAGACAGAGAAAUGAUCAUCAGGGAAAACAAGGAUCGCGUGGAGUUCGCCAGGAUCCACCCAUCUAGUAGUUGCCACGGCGACCUGACCUCUCACCUCUUGGUUCCCGGAGGGGCCAGCAGGUUAGGGGCGGACCCCGCUGCACACGCUCAUCCGGCUCACCACCACUGGAUGCAAAGGACAGGAAGUCCCUCCCUCUGGAUGGGGCAUUCAUACAGUCUGAGCCACGUGGGAAUGAGCCCCGGCUUCCCGCCAGGUCUGCCCAGCUCUCUCCAGCCCGUCUUGGGGUCGCUCACCCAAGACCCCAACUCCACGCUGGUGGUUCUUCCUACAGAACCUGGGUCUCAUCAUCAUCUCGACGUUCUGGAGCAGUCAGGCCUGUGGCCCCCUGUGUACGGAGGCAGAGGCCCUCCCUCUCAUCUGCAGCAUCACGCCGUCUACUCCCGCUCAUUCCUACGGCAACAGGAGCUCUACGCCCUGCAGCAUCAGCACCAGCAGCAGCAGCAGCGAGCCAUGGAGCACAUGCAGCGCCACUCCUUAGGACAGAGAAAACACGAGGAGCACGCCAUCACCAUAGAGGACUCUCCUCACGAAACUUCCGCCUCCAGAACUCACUCCUCUUCAUCCUCUUCUUCGUCCAUCACCUCCUCUCACGUGGCCAAACCCUUCUCCCACACCCCUCCUCCGCCCAAGACUCCUACGCCGUCUCCGGGGAUGUGUCCCAGCAGCCGCCAGUCGCCCUGCUACCACUCCCCGUCCAGGCGGCCUCACCCGCCGAACCCCCUGACCCCGGCGCCGAGCCCGGCUGCGGCGGCGCCCCGCUCCCCGGCGCUCAGCCCCGCUCCUUCGCACCUCUCUAAGGGGCUGGAGAGGGGCAGUGACAGAGGAGAGGGACAGCCACCUCAGGACUACCCACAAUCCCUAGAGCCAGACUUACCACCUGUUUAUAGCUACCCUCCGAUCACCAUGGGUUACAAGGCCGGGCCCUCGCCUCCUGAAGCUCGAUUGGCUGAACAAGCCUCAGUAGAGGCGGAGCCGGCAGAGCCCGAGUCCAAGGCGCUCCCACAUCCAUGCCCACACAUCACUAAAGAAGAGGAGAGGAGGGAAGAAGAAGACUGUGAAGUGGUGGAAACCCAGAGUGGAGUUGCAGAGGAAGUGAAGGAGGAAAGGAGGGUGGAAGCGAAAGGAUGCUUCGAGACCGAGAGCAAAAUUUCUGGAUUGCCGCCAUGCUCUUCCCCAGCUUUGGCCCCAGAUCCAGCCUGCCUGGCCACAGCCAUGGGCAAAGCCCUAAAAGUAGAGCUCUCUCUGGGCUGCCCGGGCCAGACGGCUGGCCUGGAGGAGCCCCAGCUAUCCAAAGAGGAGCAGGAGGACGAUGAGGAACGUGGAAAAGAGGACGUGGAAGAGGAUGAGGGAGAGAAAACGGGGCCUGAACCAACAGAAUGUACUGUGUUUGGAGAGGAGGAGGAGGAGGAGGAGGACGACGGGGACAAAGAUGGAGAGAAUGUAGAGGUGGUCGAGGAUGAGGAGGAAGAGAAGGGGAGUCCAGGCGAGGACUCCGUGGAACUAAAAUGCAACUCUCCCGCUUCUUCCCCGUCCUCCGACCUCGUCGUCCUUCCUGCUGCUAGCACAGCGGCCCAGCUCCAAGGGGCCUACAUGUGGAGCCUGGAGCUCCUGAUCGCCGCGGCUCUGUGCGCCACCAGAGAUGCCUUGUACCCACCGGCACCUGCCGUCCGGGCCCCGAGCCCUCCGCCACACCGCGGUAUGGAGAUACUGGGAGAACUUGCCGACCUGGAGAUCCAGCAGAGGAGCAGGGAGAGCAAAGAGAAAGAGGGUGAGGACAUGCUGACCUUCGACCUCCACAGUCUGGCGACGCUGGCGGCCGCCCGUGCCCUGGAGAUGGGGGGAGGGGAUGCAGGCGCGGGGGCGGACCAGCAGUGUCCAAUCAGGAAGAGGCUCAACCUGCGCAGGAAGUGCAGCUGGACGCCUCGCCAUGAGCCGGUGUGCCCAGUGAAGGGCUCCAUGGAGACGAUGGGAGGGGAGGAGCUGGCCAUGCGUGUCCAGCUGGCUGAGCUACAGCGCCGCUACAAAGAGAAACAGAGAGAACUGGCCAAGCUACAGAGGAAACACGACCACCAGAAAGAGGAGACGUCUCGCAGCCCUGCCCGCCGGGGGCCCGGCCGCCCCCGCAAGCGCAAGUCCACCCCCGGCCCAGCUGCCGCAGAGAGCUCCAAAAGACUCAGAGCUGGGCUGACUUUACUGGAGGAGAAAGCCAGGAAGAAAAUGUCCAAUCACGGCUUCAACAGCCUCAGCGCCGCACAGAUGAAAGCUCGCUGUAAGCACAGAGGUCGGCCCAGCACCCUGAGCUCCAGGCUGGCCAGGCGGGUGACCCAGCUGAAGCAGAAGGCCGCGGCACAGCGUGGAGCGCCGUCGGCAGGCAUGCUGCACUGCAGAGGGAUCCCUGGCGAAGAAGGCACCUCCAAGAGUCACUGCAGACAAGGAAGAAAAGACCUGCAGCUGGACUGGGCAGCUGGUCUCACUGUAAAGAGGAAGAGGGGUCGAAAGCCCAAAGCACUGAUGGGCGUCAACACCAACAGAUCUCACCACAAGGACGGCUCUGAGAGACAGGAAGUCAGGGAGGAGAGGACCGACAGCGAGAGUUCAGAGCGCGAGGAGGAAGAGGACGACGGCAGCUACGACAGCGAAGACGGAGCCGGCGACACCAAGAUUAGCUCAUCCUCUAAAGAAGCUCCUGCCGGGAUCGUGCCUUUUUCAUCGCAGUCCUCCAAGCUCCAAGCGUACCAGAAAGCCAGGAGUAAGAGACCGGGGCCUCCAGGCAUGGGGAGUGUGCACAGUGCAGAUCAGAGGAGAGCACCCAGGAGGCCGAGCCUCGCCAACACAGAAAGGGGACAUCCGGACCACCAGGGGACCAAUAGAGCGUCUCUGCCCAGCUGGGGUGCGUUGGCGGUGGGCUGUAGCUUUGGGGACAGCCGGGUGAACCACAGAGCUCUGAUGGAAGCAAGCAGGGCCAACAAGGAAGCCAUGAGGAAGAGCUCAUCGGGACAGGGCCUGCUGGGAAAGGCCAAGGGCCACGCAGUGAGCCGGCUCCUGCAGAGCUUCGCGGCCGACGACGGCUUCCGGUUGGACGAGGACAGCAGCUUCUCCGAGGGAGAGGAGGAGGAAGAGGAGGAGGAGGAGGAGGAGGAGGAGGAGGAAGAGGAGGAGGAGGAGGAGGAGGAGAUGAAGUUGAUCCACCUCCCUCCCAACAUGCCUUGCAGAAUACCCGCGCUGCCAAACUGUGUGCUGAGUAAAGAGAUGCUGGUGGACGGCCUGAAGAUCCUCAUCUCCAAGGAGGACGAGCUGCUGUACGCCGCCUGUGUCCAGACGCUGGACCUGCCUGACAUAUUCAGUGUUGUCAUCGAAGGGGAACGUGGGAAUCGCCCCCGUAUCUACUCGCUGGAGCAGCUACUACAGGAAGCUGUGUUAGACGUGCGGCCUCAGAGCGAGGCCAUUCUGACUGCAGGGACGCGAGUGUGUGCCUACUGGAGCGAGCGCUCUCGCUGUCUUUACCCCGGAUACGUCCAUCGAGGAGGUCCAGGUGAGGAGGAGAAGGAGGGCAAUGUGAUGGUGGAGUUUGAUGAUGGUGACAGGGGGAGGAUCUCGCUCACAAGCAUCAGGCUUCUGCCACCCGGAUACCAAAUCUGCUGUGCGGAACCCUCUCCAGCACUUCUGAUCUCACCUGGUCACCGCGGGAGACGAAGCUCCACCCAGGAGAGGAAAGACAGAGAAACCACAGAGAAACCAGCCAAUGAGGAGCCAGCAGGGAGGCCCCAAGAGAAACGACCAGUUGGCAGACCGAAGAAAGUCCACUCAGUGCCUAAGACCGCCAGCACGCCGACAUCAGUAACAGACACUGGCAACGCUUCCUUGUUGAACUGGUCCGCGCCCAGGAAGAGACCCCCAGUUGACUUCUUCCUCUUCAACGGGACGUCUCGUAAGACCCAGAGGAGGAUACGAGAGCGAGACUUGGGGCUGUUUCACCGGCCCGCCUCCCACCUCCUCGCUCCCCCGAUGCCCAUCAAAGGCAUCUUCGGCUCCCCGUUUGAAGGUGACUCGUUCAGCAGCAUCGCCAACAGCUACUCCUCCUUCAGAAGCGGCGGGAGCUCUGGAGCGGGGCGACCGGUCGCCGCGGCGGCUUCCGUGGGGCUCCGGGACUCCUCGUCCUCUGCUUGCUCCUCGGCCGUCGCCAUGGCGACGGCAGCUGGGAGCAGGAAGCCGGCGAGCGAACGCGACAGGAAACAGUUACUGGUGAAGCUCGACCACGAAGGUGUGACCUCUCCUAAAACAAAAAACGGCAAGGCCCUGCUACGACUCGGGGGGAGCGAAGGGAAAGGAGGCAAGAGUCUCGCCCCCGCUGGAGCGCCGCUGCGAUACAUCAACCCCACCCUGCUGGUGAAGGAUGACAAGAAGGGAGGAGGGGAAAGAGACGGCGCCAAGGCCCGUUCUGAGCCUAUUGUAAAGGGCGCCCCACCUCUGAGGAAGGAUCUGCUGUCAGCAGUUGGCGUCCAAGGUGGAGAUUACAGUCCGGACUACCCGAGUGACUGCCCCAGCUCGUACUCUGAGCUGGACGAGGAUGACGAGGACGAUGGUCAGGCUGCCGAAGCGCCUAGAAGAAGCGCAGCGGACGCCUCUCACCGCGGAGGCCGUUUUCUCUCCCGCCUCUCCGCCUGCUUCUCCUCAUCCUCCUCCUCCUCUUCCUCCUCCGGCUCCAUCUCCUCCUCGUCCCUCUGCUCGACGGACAACGACUCCUCGUACUCCUCCGACGAAGAGUCCUCCUCCGUGCUGCUGCGCCGCGCGCUGCUCCAGCAGGACAAACACAAGCACAGGCAAAGCUUGACCUCCGACCUCCUGAGCCCCGACCCCUCGAGCUCCUCUCCCUCGGCCGCGACCCCGGCUCACGGCUUUGUGGCCAAAGCCAGUAUGGCGGUGUCGGGGUCGAAGGUGAGGGCUGACAGAACAGAAGACAGGAAGGAGUUUGUGUCAAAAGGAGGCGUGGCGGCUAACAGUAACACGGCGAAGAACCAUCUGAAGAGGAAAGAAGGAAUUUCGAGCAGCCACCAUCAGAGGCAAAGCAGUCCAGUGAGCCAGCAGCCGAAGACCGCCUCCAAAGACCCAGCACCAGCUAAGAGGCAGCGGAUGUCUUCACCUGAGCCUCUGCCCAACAUGACGCCCCUUCUGCCUGGACGCCAGCUCUGGAAGUGGUCCGGCAACCCCACACAGAGGAGAGGUCUGAAGGGUAAAGCCCGCAAGCUUUUCUACAAGGCCAUCGUGAGGGGCAAGGAGACGGUGCGUGUCGGGGACUGCGCUGUGUUCCUGUCACCCGGCCGGCCCCAGCUGCCCUACGUGGGCAGAGUGGAGAGCCUCUGGGAGUCGUGGAGCUCCAGCAUGGUGGUCAGGGUCAAGUGGUUCUACCACCCGGAGGAGACUCGCCUGGGGAAGCGACACCGCGACGGCAAGAAUGCCUUGUAUCAGUCGAGCCACGAGGACGAGAAUGACGUGCAGACCAUCUCCCAUCGCUGCCAGGUGGUCAGCAAGGCCGAGUACGAUCACCUGAUGCACGAACGAAAGCCCGGCGGCGCGGCGGAUGACCUCUUCUACCUGGCCGGGACGUACGAGCCGACCACGGGCCAGCUGAUCAGCGCCGACGGCAUGGCCAUCGUGUCCUAGCACCGCCAAGCUAGAGAGAAACCCAAAUAUUGAACCUGAACUCUGGAGAUCCAGGAUGAUCCUUCAGAACGGGAGCUUAGGGGACGGAGGGAAACCAAGACAAAGAGUUUUGACUCUGCGUAUUGAUCCGUCCCUUGUAAGAGAAGGAGCUCGCCCACUGGAUAAAGCCCGACAGUACUGGCACUUAAGAGGAGCCCGGUUUGUUCUGGGGGAAAAAAAGUCUGACCCGCGUCAGAUUUAUCAGAUGUGGACUGAGGCUCCUUGUCGCAGCGAGAGUCUCCAGCCUUCCCUGUGGCUGAAACAACAGAGUAUCUCGUCACUGCGACAAGAUUACGGCAAACAAAAGAGCAGGAACCAAGGACAAGAGCACUUUGGAGUACAGUCGCUUGGAUAUGCUACGGAAAGGAGGGCGUCAGACUUUCUGAAACAAAGACUGACUAAACAGAGAGACUGUAUGGUAAGGAGAGACUUACUGUAAACCACACUGGUUUGGAGGGUUUUAAUGGUCUUAUACUGGUAGUUUGACGGCCACAGCGUGAUUGGGAGAUCCCCAACAGGACCAAAAAACACUGUAGUUCGGACUUUGUGUGUAUGUGCGCGUGUGUUUGCAGAGUGGCUGCAAUGAUGACCCUGUUUGGCAUUUAAUGAGCUCUAAGUAAAUAGUGCUUUAGCGUGCGUGUGUGUGUUUGUACUGUACGCGUGGUCACCCCGUGAGGUGACGCCAUGACACGCCGUCGGUAUGUAUUAACCUGUCCAGUACUUAAACGUGCGGUUUUUCAGCCCUCGCGACUGAAAAACCGAUUUCUUCUCCUGUCAAGCCAUACACGUCAAUACCUCUCUCUCUCGCAUCCUCCUAUUCGGGUGCGGAGACACAUGUACAGGUAGUUGUUUGUUUGAAAUGUGCGUGCAUGGUGGCGAGCGAGCGUGAGUGCGUGUGCAUGGGCGUGUGUGUGUGUGUGUGUGUGUGUACAGCAUCAUGUGUAAUAUAACAUGUUGUAAAUAGUAUACAUAUAUAUUUGUUUUUUUUGUUGUUUUCUUUUGCAGAGAAGAUUAUUUUAUUUUGAUUUUUUUAGGGUGUGUGCGGGCGGGUUCGGGGGGGUCUGACAGAGGGAGGAGGUCGGGUUCGUGUCCUCCUCUCUCAAUGCACUGAACUGAGGUUUGGAUUUGGGGUCAAACUGUACAACUGAUGUGAAGACUUUGUGGUUGUAAAGCCCUGCUUUAGGCAAAGGCCCACUGUGUAGAAAAGGGUGUUUGGGAAAUGUUUUUAUAAGGAAAUCAGAAAAAGUGUCUUUUUAAACAUGUGUCCAAUACUUUUUUUUUUCUCUUUCCGUUGGGUUUAAAAUGUGCAUUUCCUGUUGGGAGCUUUUUUUUUUUUUUUUUUUUAACAAAUACUGGAAAAAGAAACUGAGUUUCUGCUGUUCUCUGAUCCUAAAAGAAUCUUCUUUAUCUAUUUUAGCCUGUAUUCCUAUAUAAAAUGUAGAUAUUUAUCUGGCAUCAAAAAGAAACAUACCAAAGCACCUGUGAGUUUACGCUUCUCCGCAUUAGAAGAAAAACAAUUUUAUGAAAAAAAAAAAAAAAAAAAAGACGUUCAAUCAAAAAUCUGAAUCCGGGACCCC